AAUGCUACCGAUAAGGAUAAGUAUAAGUUUAAUACGGGGAAAAUCGAGCGACGCUGCUUUUCAUAACAUUCAGUCGUGGGAGAACCACCGAAAGAGCAGCUGGUGGAUGUUUGACAUUAUUCGACCUCAUAUCGUUGGACUGAAGCAAUCAUGAAAAUCGAAUGGGCACCUCUUCGAGUUCCUCUGGAGCGUCGAAUACAAAUACUGGUCACCGCCUUUUUCACCUCCAUGCUGCCGAUACUAUUAUCUGUAUCUUUUCUACUAGUAGCUGGAUCGCUGAUCUAUGGAGGCCUCCUACUGCGUAGUCUUAUGGUGAUUUACUUGGCUUAUGUCUACGUGCAGCACAAGAAAACCCAAUCUGUGGUGGACGGGAACGGCUGGAUGAUAACUCGCACUAAUCCCUUCCAUCGUCACUAUCGCGAUUACUUUCCCGUGGAACUGGUGAAAACAGCCGAACUGCCCGCGAAUAGAAACUACAUCUUGGCCAGCUUUCCCCACGGAAUCCUGGGAACGGGCAUUGGAAUUAACAUGGGUGUGGAAAUCUCCAAGUGGUUGGAACUAUUCCCCCAAGUGCGCCCCAAAGUGGGCACCCUGGAUCAGCACUUUCAAGUUCCCUUCAUGCGUGAAGUGAUUCGCUGCUGGGGCUUAGUUUCCGUGUCCAAGGAGGCCCUCAUCCGCAUGCUCAGCAAAUCAAAUGACCCCAAGCACAAGGACAAUCAGGACGGAUUUACCUCUAACGCAGUGGCUAUUCUGGUGGGCGGAGCUCAGGAGGCCAUGGACUCGCAUCCUGGACAGUACAUAAUAACCGUGAAGAAUCGGAAGGGUUUCGUUAAAUUGGCUAUUCGAACUGGCUCUUCAAUUGUUCCCUCGUUUUCCUUUGGAGAGGUGGAUAUUUUCGACCAGGUGGCCAAUCCUCCAGAUUCUCUUCUCCGCCGAGUUCAGAAUUUUGUAAAGAAAAUCACCGGAGUUUCUCCGCUAAUUCCAGUGGGUCGGGGUUUCUUCAACUACACUCUCGGCUUUCUACCAUUUCGACGACGAAUUGUACAAGUUGUUGGUUCUCCCAUUGAUGUUGUAAAGACCGACCAACCAGAUGCAGAAUAUGUGGACAAAGUUCAUGGACAGGUCAUUGAAGCUCUGGAGAAAUUAUUCGAUCAGUACAAAGAUAAAUAUUUACAGAACUCUCAGAGUGCUAAACUGAUUGUUCAGUAGUGUAAUGUUUUUGUUAUAAAUUUGUAGAUUGUGAAGAUUACAUAAUACUGUUAAAAAGCUCUAAAACAGAUGCAGAAUUGUUUAGAGCAAAUAAGCCAACUGCAGUUUUGGUACAUGAUAUUAACCGUGAUUAAAAAGUGAUUUAGUUAUUGAA